AUGUUGACAGGCCCAACAGUCACCGAAACAGCAAUGUCCAUGGAAUCACUGCGCCUGUUACACCUGUUUGAAAACGCGGCAGCAUUUCUUUCUUUCGAUACUAUGUUUAAGAAACCAUCUCGCACUAAAAACAUCCGUAGAAAGGUCGAGACCACAGACGAUGAGCCAGCUGAAGUUGUUAUCCAGAAAACAAUAACUUCGUCCAAGAAGAAGGUCAAAUCGAAGAAGUCCUUGAAUGCGCUCAGUUUUACUCAGGAUGAAGAAGAAGAAGGCGAUGGCGAAGAAUUCCAAAUCAAAAAGACCAAAGCCAGUAGAGGUUUGCAAGUCAAGUUGCCAGAGAUUGAACUGGAAGCAGAGCAAGUUAAACAGCAUUCCAGUUACGAUAAAGAGACCUUGGACAAGCUUCGAGCUGGCACGCCUAGCUUACCUGCUUCAGUCAGAACAUCACUUACAGCAGACGACGAUGCUUUACUACAUGAAAAGUUUCCAUCAACAAUGAAUGCUAAAAUCACCAGUGGCGGUAUUCCAGAUGCCAGUGCUAUCAUCGCCGCAAAGAAGAAACGUGAGCAAAUGCGCAAAGGGUUUAAUAUCACUGAGAGUGAGGAUGGAUUUAUACCUUUAGACGACAAAGACGACGAUGAGGAAGAUAGAACUGGAUCUCGACUCGUGAGAGAGGAAGAUGAUAUUGCUGAUGACGGAGAGGCUGAAUUUGAAAAGUAUGUGGGCGAUAAAAUCACAUUAAGCAAGGGCAAUGCGAAAAAGCAGGAAAAGGAACGCAGAGAGGGCGUACGUGAGAUGAUUGAAGAAGCCGAGCAAGAUGACGAUCAGUCUGAGGAUAUGGAAAGAUGGGAGGAAGAUAUGAUGAAGUUUGGCGGUGCAAAGUCCCAGAGCAGAGAGUUUGAUCCAUAUAGCCCACCACCAAAUUAUAGACCUGCACAAGUACCUGAGGUAUCUACUCUACCGACCUUGGCUGAUGUGAUGAAAGCGCUUGACCUUUCUACUACUCAAGUUGCUGAAUCAAUGCAACAGUAUGAAUCGAAUUUGCAAGACUCAUUAAAGACCAUUGAAAACUCGACCACGAUUGAGGAUGAUUUACAAAAGGAAAUCGAACGAGGCAGUAAACGAUACAAUUACUUUCAAGAGUUAGCGCAGUAUGUCAAUGACUUGGGUGAAUUCUUGGAUGCCAAGUUCCCUGAUCUGGAAAAGUUAGAAUCCGAAGCACACGACACUAUAUCAGCAAAGACUGAGAUUGCUACGUCUAGAAGAUGGCAGAACAAUCUAGACGACUUAUGCCAAUUUACAAGUGUUACAGCAGAUCAAUUAGACGAAGAUAUGACGGAAGAAUCAGAGCAAGUAGAUGAAUUCGGAAGAGUCAAGGAAUUGAGAAAUUCAGCGAGUGCUCGUCAAAGAAGGAGAUCAGAAAGGCAAAAACGCAUUGAAAAGCAAGCUGGCUUAUCUGAACUGGAGGGCGAAGAUGCUAUCAAGGAGCAGGGAUUGUGGACAGACGAUGAGAUGAAAGAGGAUUAUUACGAGCAAAAGCACGAUAAAUUACUGCAAAUUCAAUCCAGUGGAAUUGAAAAUCUCAUGGCUGAUGUGAGUGACGAAUUCAGGUCGCUAUCUGCCGUAAAGGACAAAUUCGAAGCAUGGAAGCUGGAUUACUACGAUGAUUAUAAAAAAGCCUAUGGUAGUCUCAGCUUACCUGGUGCGUUUGAGUUUUACAUACGUUCUGAAUUGGUGUCUUGGGAUCCAUUCUCGGAUCCAAUGGAUUUUGACAGCAUGCAAUGGCACAGAAUAUUAUCAGAGUAUGGUGUAUCAGUAGAACAUGAGGAUCCUGAUGUUGAAAUGCUGAACAAGGUUGUCGAAAAAUCCAUCAUCAAAAAGAUCAAGAGCAUGCUGGAUACCCUUAAUGCUGCCUCUUCAAGGCAAAUGAGACACGCAGCUCAAAUCAUGGAGCAAAUAUCGUACUAUGUAGACAUUGACGAAAAGGCGUACCAAGAUUUGGCUAUGGACAUUGUAGACACACUAGAAAAGCAAAUUUCUCGAUUCGCUGAAUCCAUUGAAACAGCAGUUCCCAAAUCAAAUCUGGACACUGAAUCAACACAAGCCAAGCAUCGAUUCGUUUGGGCACAUUGUAAAUAUCUCAAGACAUUGCUCGUUUGGCGCAGACACAUACCCAAGGGUCAAUUAGAUAGGUUAGGCAACCUGAUUGUAGAUAGAAUUAUCUCGCCCAUCCUUAAGCCAGAGUCGUAUCCAGCUGAUUUGCAUUUACAAAAUGAAGCUUUAUUGCUCUUGUCACAUUUACAGAAAUAA